AGUAUUUUCCAAGCAUGAAAAAAAAAACCUAUCGUUAUUGCCCUCCGAAGUCUACUUCCAAACUCUCUCUUUGCCUGAUGGCUGAUGCAACCUUCCAAUAACAUAUGAGUUCAAACACAACUGUCUUCAAUUCAAGUUAUAUAUUUUUUCACUAAUUGCACUUUACAUGAUUUAAUCAUAUUAUGGAGUACUAAAAUAGCUUUGAAGUAGGAUAAAAAAAUUACGUUAAAAAGGGAAGAUCAAUUACGUAAUCACAUAUCAAAUACUCCACUACACUUCUCCAUUGGUAACUAUUAUCAAAUUCCUCAAUUUUCUCCUUCUAUUCUUACCAUUUUAUUUAUGUGACACAAUUUAGACUACGACCGUUAAAUGGAUUAAUUUAAUGUUUUUGACUUGUGUGUAGCCAUGGAGUAUUUGCACACGACGAUAAGUAAAAACGUGACACGUUGGCCCAUAACGGGCCCCACACUAUUUUGUUUCUUCAUGACUAAGCUUUAGCCCCUGGGCCCAAUGGAGCUUAUAUACACCAAAUAUUUUAAAAGUCGAAUUACUAACCCACCCAAUAAUGCCACCUGACUCAAAAGAUAUUAUGCAAUGACUAAAUUACCCUCGAUUACCACCUUCACACCCUUUCCCUCUUGCCUUUAAAUACUACACUCUUUACCUUGUUCCCUCCUUGUUCUACUUCUAACUUCCCAACCCCUUCUAUAAGAAAUUUUCCGAUCAUGUUGUCCACUUUCCCGGCCAUUAUUCUGUCCUCCGAUGGAACUUUUCCUAGCCAAUUUUCUUCUUUUUAUGAUGGUUUCUUUCCAUUGAAUUGUCUCGAAUCGACUUUUAUAUUUUCCGAACAAAUGGUAGAAUUGACUUUUCAAACCCCAACCCUUGAAUCGGUUAUUUUUCACUCUGGUUCAGGUUCGGAUAAUUCUAAGCCUGAUUCUCCUAAUUCUAGUUUCGGUUCAGAUGAAUCGAACAUGAAUAAUCAUAGCCCAUGGGAAUGCCUUGAAUCGGCUUUUACAUUACCAGAACAAGGGGUAGAUUCGGUUUUUACACCGAAGCAAUCCCCAACCCCUGAACCGGUCAUUUCAAACUGUGGUUCAGGUCCUGAUAAAUAUAUAACCGAUUCUCCUAAUUCUAGCUCCGGUUCAGAUGAACUAAACAUGAACAAUGAUAGCCCAAACUCCGGUUCGGAUAUUUUGUUCAUAAACGAAAGGAAGCGGAAGCGUAUGAUUUCGAACCGUGAGUCAGCAAGGAGGUCCCGCAUACGAAAAGAAAAACAUCUCGAGAAUUUGAGGAACCAAGCGAACCGGCAUAAAGCUGAAAACCGAGAUUUAACGAACCGGGUUCACUUGGUAACCAGUCAUUGCCAACUUGUCCAAAGAAACAACGAGAUGCUACGAACCGAAUUGGUUUUACUCCAACAAAGACUCGAGAGUAUACGUGAAAUCUUACUCGCACAGCAACUUCAGCAGCAAUUGUACAAUUCCUCUGCAUGGCCAUGCAAUAAUUACGUGGAACAAACACCACAAAUCAUCACUAAUCAACCUAUAAUAUAUCAUCAUUAAAACCUGCAUGGUUAUUAUAAACCUGGAUUAACCAAAAAAGAUUCCCCCCCCCCCC